AUGUUCUCCACAUCGGUUGUGAUCAACAACCACCUUCAUUAUGAUACUUCGUCAUCACCAUUAUCAUCAUCGUCCUCCUAUUCCAGUUUAGAUAUUUCCGAAGACGACGACUUCUUUUCGUUCAACAACAGAUCUAGUCAACAGCUAGCUGAAUUAGUUCCAAGCGAUCAAAACAAUUCCACUGACUGUUCUACUAGGUCACAUAGUUAUAAACAUAUGAAUGGUCAAAUAUUAGAAUCAAAAUUAACUCAGUUAAUGAACGAAAAUGAAAUCUUACGAGCCAAAAUCGACAUGUUAACAAGAAAAUAUGGAGAUUUGAAUAAUCCACAAGAUGAAUUAAAAUCAGUCGAACAGCCAACUGUUUCAAGUAUUCUCGAUCAAUCAUCAAGACAGAUCCAUCAAUCUGAUAAUAACUCAACAGUAAUGCUAACAGAACAUUUAGCUUCAAUGCCAGUAAAGUUGCGUUUCAAAGUAUCAAAUAUUACAGGCGAAUCUUGA